AUUUCGCGCAUUCCGCAGAUCGCGCAGUACGCGAUCACGCAGUCGCACGUGGGCCGAGCGGUGCAGGUGGGGGAAAAGGCGGGCGUGCUGCGCUACGUGGGCGUGGUCCAGUUUGCCAAGGGCGUGUGGUGCGGGGUGGAGCUGAACAGCGCCUGCGGCAAAAACAACGGCACCGUGAAUGGCGUGUGGUACUUUGAGUGCGCGCCGCGGCGCGGCCUGAUGGCGCCACUGGCCAAGGUGUCCCUGACGGAAGCAGCGCCCCACAGCGGUUCCGGCCCGUACUCGAUCCUCUGCGGGCUGGAGGGCGACGGCGACGCCGCCAAACGGCGCCGCACCACCGCCAGCAGCAGCAUGGAGCCGGCGCAGAAGCCCACCUCGCUGCCGCUAGAGGGCGACAGCGGCAAGCGCGACUCGCUCGACUGCGAAGAGUCGCUGGGCAUCCUCACGCCCGACCAAAUGGUCGACUUCACGCAGUGCUCCGCCCUCGACUACGACAAGCUGUUCGAGGGGGCCGGGCAGAGCCCCACCAACCCCGAGUUCAGCUUCCUGCUUAAAACGGACACAACCAUGAAUCUGGAGUUGAGUCUGGACCCGUUGGGGGCGCGCGGCGACGACACGCCCUCCCCCGAGGAGCUGCCGCUCGACGCCACGCCCCUCGUCAAGGCGGAGGCGGCCAAGGGGGGCGGGGCCAAGGCGAGCAGCAUCAUCACCAGCAUAACGAGCAUCACCAGCCUGGACACCGGCUACCAGGGGGACGGCGAGAUGUCGCGGCCGGCCAGCAGGGGCGCUGACAACUCGCCGCUCACGCGCCGCCCCUUCUGCCGGGGGCUGGCGCGCCGCCCCGACCCCAUGACCGACUCGGACUUCUACACCGAGAGCGACGCGGACAACCACGAUGAUGCGCAGGCGAAGGGCGACCGGCUGGCGCAGGKGAUUGACGGCACGCUCUAUGCGGCGCAAGCCGCCUCCGACGUCUACGUCAACAGCCGCGAGAACAUGGACUCGAGUGGCGUGUUCACCGACAUGGACUCGGGGCCGCGCCCAGACGAGGAGAGCGAGACGGGGGCGCCGCAGGCCCCCAGCGACGCGCCCACGCCCACUGACAGCAGCAAAUGCGCCUCCGACAACAGCCAGCAGCCCAAGCAGGGGGCGCAGCCCCUCGCAGCGCCCAAGAAGCCGCCCAAGCCGCAGCCGGGCGAGAAGCGCCCCGUGAAGAAGCCGGUCAACAAGUGGGACGCGGUGAUGAGCAAAAUCUCCAAGGGCGACGACCCGAAGGGCCGCCUCAAGGAGGUCAAGGCCAAGGUGUACGAGGCGCCCAAGGUGAAGAAGCCGCUGGUGGCGAAGCGGGCGACCGCCAGCCGCCCCCGGGCCGCCGCCGCCCCGCCCAGUCGCAGUCCAGGUGCGACGAAGAAGAGCGCGCCAGUGACGCAGGUGCUGACGCCUAGGGAGCUGGCCGCCAAGCAGCAGGCCGACGGCGAGUCCAAGGGCGGGGCAAGGGCAAACCACGCCCCAAUCGGCGCUGUUGCCGGCAGGAAGACGCCCAAGGACACGACGUCGCCCAAGCCGCGCAAAGACGCAGGUGCCAAGGGGGGCGCAGCCCCCAAAAAGCCCGCGCCGCCCCCGCGGGUGGCCGAGGCGCUGGCCGUUCUGGUGCAGCACUUGGUCUUCACCGUGGAGGCGUUCCAGGUGCCGCGCCUACGCCGCCAGGUGGAGAAGCUGCGCCUGGAGGCGGAGCAAGUGCGGCGCGGCCGGCGCGUGUUGGACGAGGCGCUGCAGGAGGAG